UCAAGGCUCACAGCUGUGUCCACUCUCGUUAUACUCAGUACUCUGUUUGGGUCGCUCUGUCUGUGUGUCACUUGUAGCGUGGCAGUGUCUCAUUUACGGCGUAUCUUGCACGGUGAUGAACCUUGAGAUGUUUUCGAAGCAAAUAAGGACGUUGAUAUUAGUGUUGGUGGUGGUGGUGUUGGUGGUUGAUAAAGUGGGCGCCGCUGGACACCCUCGACACAAGCGACAGUCCGUGGGCACGCCUCCAGGACCUGCCUCCCAACACAGCUUCACUAACAGCAACUUUAGUAUACAAGCAGGUGAGGCGCGGGGAGGCGCAGGUGAGGCGCGGGGAGGCGCAGGUGAAGUGCGGGGAGGCGCAGCCAAGCCCCAGGCCAGACACAUCCCCCGCGGCCCUCCCAAGUUCCUGAGAGACCCCAUCACGGGACGGUUCGUACUCGACGUUAGCAGCGCUGCUCCUGGGGGAUUCCCGGCUCCUAACUUCCCCAAUGGUGCUUUCCUUACGGGCAACUUCGGGGGUUUCCAAUCAGGCAACCUCGGGGGUUUCCAACCAGGCAACUUCGGGGGUUUCCAACCAGGCAACCUCGGGGGUUUCCAACCAGGCAACCUCGGGGGUUUCCAACCAGGCAACCUCGGGGGUUUCCAACCAGGCAACCUCGGGGGUUUCCAACCAGGCAACCUCGGGGGUUUCCCAACACACCAGGGAGGUUUCCAAACAGACAGCCUGGGAGGCUUCACAGCAGGCAACCUCGGAGGGUUUCCAACGGACAACUUCCUAGGAAGUGACAUUUCAACAGCUCAAUUUCCAUCUGCCAACUUUCCGGAAUAUCUGUUCGUCCAGGCGUUUGAGGAGAUUCCUCAGCUGAUCCAGCAGGAGCAGUUGACUGAAGACGGAUUCAAUCUUACGAACGCCCCCAAUGUUGCCGAGUUCGCUAGAUUCACUAUUACCCAGCGGCAGGUACAGCCCGACGUGCUGCACCAGGAGUGCGUGACGCCGCUGCAGGAGGCCGGCAGGUGUCGCCCCGUCCAGUACUGCGUCCUGCCACAGAUACGCAACAAUUACGCACUCUUCCGACGCUACGCCUGCGUCAUCCAGGGCGUAUCUGUGGGCGUGUGCUGCCCACGCCCCACAGCGCCUCCCGCCGCCCCACGCCCUGUCCUGCCUCCAGGGCGCCCCUUGGCACCGCCUCAGGCCUCAACGUCCGUCGCGUGCGGUGUGAGUGAAGUGAGCAGCGUGAGGAUAGUGGGCGGAGUGGUGACCAGCGCCGGGGAGUUCCCGUGGGUGGUCUCCAUCCUGCGCACUGAUGCUUCACCCAACCAGUACUGCGCAGGCGUCCUUCUUUCCAACACACACGUCCUCACCGCUGCCCACUGUCUUGCUGGGUACGACCCCAACACCAUCUGGGUUCGCGUGGGGGAACACGACUUCAGCCGUGAGGGAGAAUCCCGGCACGUCAACCACAGGGUGGCUGGCCUCCGCCUCCACCCAGAGUUCGACAGCCAAACCUUCAAUAACGACAUCGCGCUCAUGUACCUGGAGCGACCCGUCCUCUACUCGGGGUUCGUCCGCCCCAUCUGCCUCCCGCCUCCUGGCCUCUCUUUCACGGGUGACGUUGUCACUGUCGUCGGCUGGGGAGCCAUCCGUUACCGAGGGCCGGUGUCAUCGGUGCUGCGGAAGGUGGAGCUGCCCGUGUGGAGCAACAGUGACUGUGACGACGCCUACGACCAGCCCAUCACUGACGCCAUGAUCUGUGCCGGCCUCAGGGAAGGUGGCCGCGAUGCAUGUCAGGACGACAGCGGAGGGCCCAUGAUGAGGCUGGUGGAGGGCCGCUGGGUGGUGGCGGGUCUGGUGUCCUUCGGCACCCGGUGCGCCGAGGCGGGCUUUCCGGGCGUCUACACCAGAGUCACCAGCUUCCUCGACUGGAUCAGGAACAAUGCCUAGUGGCGCCACCUCUUACUAGCGCUAGCAACGACGCCAUCACCACCUGUGACGGUCACGUCUCCACUGCUAGCAGCGUCCCCCUAGCACCAAGACCAUCACCACCACCACCAGGACCAUCACCACCACCACCAUCACUACUAGCACCAUGACCAUCAUCACUAGCAAUAACACUCACACUAUCACCACCACUACCAUCAACGAUGAAAGUUGAGUUGCAACAGAAGCAAUACAAGUUAUACCUACGUAUACAAUAAUCUUGUGGUUAACUUAAUUGUAAUAGAUUUUAUACAUUCAUUUAUUUUAUAAAGGAAAAAUAACGAGUGACA